GCACCACCUCCUGAUUUAGUUUUGAAAUGAUAUAUAAAUAAGUUGGUUACAUCGCUUGUCAGUGGAUAAAAUAGAUGUUUGAACUAUAAAGUUGGGUAUAAAAUACUUGAAGAAUUUCUAAUCUGAUAACCAUCCUGUGCGUUUCUUCUUCUGAAUCUAUGUGUAUGACCUGUGGAUAGCACUGCUGAUUGAAUAUCGCUGAAACAAUGGCUGAAAACACUGCUUACUUCAGCUUUGACAGUUGUGCACCGAAAGAUAGAAAGGGUAAAAAUGAGGCUGAGCUAAUAUGUCGGCUUAACGGAUUCGAUCCUGAAAAAAUUCCUAAAAAAGAUCCUAAAAAAGAAAAAGGUCACACAUGUUCGGAGGAAGUUCACACAUGUUCGAAAGAAGUUACUGACAAUAUUUUAUAUGUGCGAGCAAAUAAUGGCAAAAAGAACUGUCGACUGAGGGUCUUCGCAGUUGGUGUAAACGAUGAAGCUGUAAGGAUAGAGCCAGAGGAAGGUCAGGUGCGUGUGUACAUUCGGAAGCCAGACGGUGAUUAUUCACUAGAGAGUAAAGAGAGAGGGAAUCCAUGAUCCGCAAAACCGAUCAAUAAACUCCGUUUGAUUGACAGCCCGGAUCCAUCCAUUUAAGCAUUGUUUGUUUCAAGUACAAUAUGCAAAGAUAUUACCAUUGAUUUGUUUUAAUUAGAAAAAAAAACAUUACUUACCAUAAAUUGAAUCUCCAAAUGGACUUUGUUAAAUUCUUUUGUGAAAGCAAUUGUUUAGCCUUAGUUUUUAUCAAUCACACAAGUUAGAUUUUUUUUCUCAUUUGAUUACAAUAACUGUAUCUAGUGGAAUAAAAAAUUGACACACAAA